CACAGAAUCAUUUCAACUCUCAAUCACGAGAACCGAGUUGGUCCAUCGAAGAGUCGUUUGCAACUUUCACCAGAUCAAGCAUGAUGCUCUCCAGUGUUGUUUUCUCUUUUUGCUUCAUACCAAUCCUGGGCAACCUAUGCCAAGAAAACUCUGCAACCUACCACUUCAGGUUAGGCGACAUUCGCGGCACAGUGCUAUACGAUGGACCUCUAACAUUCUCAACAAAUCCGUUUUUCGUACCUUUCGAGGCCUUGCGCUCUACAUACAAAGCAUGCUUUCGCCCAAUAGAGCCCCUUACCCUGUCUCAGAAUGUCCUCUUGUUAGAAAGCAAGGUCGGGCGUGUCCUCGUUGACCCGGGAUCUCGAGGAGGUCAAGCGAAUCCGCUCCUAGCCUCGGGCGGCCUCCUAUUCCGAAAUAUGCGCGCGGCAGGAAUACUUCCAGAGUCUAUAGAUCACAUUUUUCUAACUCAUGCCCACGCAGAUCACGUCAGUGGAUUGUUGGGCCUGGACGGUGGUCGAGCAUUCCGGAAUGCGAAGGUUUACAUAGGAAUCAAGGAACAUCGCUUUUGGAUCACAGAGCCGCUUCCUAUUUCCGAGGAUCAUCCACUGAGAGACACACUUCUGGGCUUUGCGCGUACCUAUCGUCAAAGUAUUGCCCCUUACGCAUCCAGACUCGUUCUGGUUCGCGACGGCGGCGCGCCGCUACCAGGAUUUCGCUUUUUGCCAAGCCCAGGGCACAGCCCGGGUCACAACCACAUACAAAUAGCGUCAAAAGGAGAAAGCCUCAUUGUUUCCGGGGACGCAUGGAUGUCCAAGCCCGAUCAACUUCAGAACCCCAGCUGGCAAGUCGGGACGGAGUCAGACCCGCUAAAUGCUCGCCGUUCGAGAAUGAAACUAAUAAGGCAAGCGGCUAAGAACAGAUCUUUGGUUUUUGCUUACCAUGAGGCGUUCCCAGGUCUUGGAUAUGUUGUGAAAAGUCGCGAAGGGUCUUUUGAUUGGGUUGUCGCCCCGCCCAUACUCAUCGGAACGGGCGUGGUUCAAAAGUGUACCUCAUGAUUCUUAUCAUUUGAUUCUUUUGGUCUUGUGAUCUGGGAUCAUUUUAUUCUUAAGAUAGAGGUUGGAUAGUUUCUAAGAAACUGACGGCCGUCUUGAGAAGAAGAGCCGUUGAAGCGCGAGGUAUUUCUGUGGAUUUAGGGAUGAUGCGAUCAUGAUCACAAUCUCGCCGGGUACAAAAAUUGGACCGCAGGAGACACAGCGAACAUACAGGAGGGUCAGGUAAUUAUUAAAGGAGAACUAAAUCUUGGAA